AUGGUCUUGAGCUCUCACGAGGUUGCCCUGCUCCGGGUGGCCCUGCAGGAGGCGGUCGUCAAGUGUUCCGAGAGGUGUCUCUACCAAUCGGCAAAAUGGGCAGCCGAGCUACUCAAUGCAGUGCAUGAACCGGAUGACGAUGAGGACGAGACGGCCAGUUCCGGGCUCAAGCACACAUCGCCAAUCUUUUCGCCAAAUCAAGAUGCUGACGAGGCUGCUAUGGAGGCAAAGGAGCUCAGCAAGUACCUCCUCGCCAAGUCUCUGUUUGACUGCAAGGAGUACGAUCGCUGUGCCGCCGUCUUCUUGCCGGACUCGCUGCUGUCCACUGUUCUCGACUCGCGCCUCGAAAAGCCCCCUGUUGCUGCCAAGGGCAAGGGCAAGUCCAAGGCGACGGAUGAGACCAAGCUGAGCGCCGUUCCGCUGCCCAAGCUCAGCCAGAAGAGCUUAUUCUUGGCGCUGUAUGCCAAGUUCAUGUCCGGGGAGAAGCGCAAGAAUGAAGAGUCGGAAAUGGUUAUGGGCCCCCAGGAUCUCGGCACUGUCGUCAACAAGCAGCUUCUCAUUGUUGGGAGGUUUCUGGCUGCUUGGUUUGAAGAGAGGACGACAGACGAUGAUGAGGUCCUCGGAAGUCAGGGCUGGCUGGAAUACCUAUAUGGCAUGGUGCUUGCCAAAGAAAAGAAUGAUGAGAAGGCAAUGGAGUUUCUCGUACGAAGUGUUCACAAGUACCCCAUGAACUGGGGCUGCUGGCUAGAGAUGACAUCUCUCAUAUCAAGAGUUGAAGAUCUGAAUCGGAUAAGUCGACACUGCCCCCAAAAUAUCGUUUCUUACAUGUUCCAUCUCCACACGUCGCUUGAGCUAUACCAGCAAUCCGCAGGGCUUGCCACCUCUCUCGAUCAGCUCUUUGCCAUCUUUCCGACCUCCUCAUUUCUCCUCACUUGCAACGCAUUGCUGGCCUACCAUGCAAAGGAUUUAAUGGCCGCCGAGCAACAUUUCAGCCGGCUACUAUCACUUCAUCCACACAGAUUGGACUCUCUGGACCACUAUUCGAAUAUUCUCUACGUACUAAACAUGCAGCCAAAGCUCGCAUUCUUAGCUCACCUGUGUUCCAACGUGGACAAGUUUCGACCAGAAUCCUGCGUCGUCAUAGGAAACUACUACUCGCUCAUAUCAAUGCAUGAGAAAGCGGUGAAUUACUUCCGGCGAGCACUCACGCUUGACAGAUCGUGUCUCUCAGCUUGGACCUUGAUGGGACACGAAUACGUGGAGCUCAAGAACACUCAUGCUGCCAUAGAAUCAUAUCGCCGGGCUGUGGAUGUCAAUCGGCGAGAUUAUCGUGCUUGGUAUGGUCUCGGACAGACAUACGAAAUGCUGGAAAUGCAUACCUAUUCGCUGUGGUACUAUAAAAAGGCGGCGGGUUUGCGCCCCUGGGAUGGCAAAAUGUGGAUGGCGGUUGGGUCAUGCCUCCAGAAGAUGAGCCGAGAGCGUGAUGGCAUCAAAGCACUUAAACGCGCUCUGCUUGCGGAUGCGUACUAUGACGUUGGCAGCAGCUUUGGCAGCGGCGGCGAUCUGUUGGGUGCUCGUGGGGCCACUGGUCAUAUGGACCCGGAGAUCCUGCUACAGAUUGCUACAAUGUAUGAUCAGCUGGGCGAAGAGGAAGAAGCCAAGGCUUACAUGGAGCUGUGUAUGGCCCAAGAAGACGGCGGCCCAGCUGCGGCUGGGAAUCUUGGUGAGUCUGUGAGGAUUCAUAAUGACUCACCGGGAGGCUCUGAUGGCUAUCCCGACCGAGAAGAUCGCAACGUGGGGGGGAAUGCAGAGGGUACUGGCGUCACGGCUGCGACCAGCAAGGCUCGGAUGUGGUUGGCCAAGUUCGCCAUGCGCACAGCAGAUUAUACGACGGCGGAUCGGCUGGCAGCGGAGCUGUGUCAGGAUGGGGUCGAAGUUGAAGAAGCCAAGGCUUUGGCUCGGGAGGUCAGAUCGAGGCUCGAGGCAUCUGGGAUGUUGGGGCCUGCUAGCUAG